GUAGGCAGGCCCUGUUCGGAAGGGUCCUUUCUUUGAGAAUUCUCCAACAGAUCUGCUCUUCGAAUCCGGGAGAGAGAGAGAGAGAGAGAGAGAGAGAGAGAGAGAGAGCGAAGAUGUACGGAUUCGAAGCUAUGACAUUCAACAUCCAUGGCGGAUACUUGGAGGCGAUCGUGAGAGGGCACAGAUCUGGGCUCCUAACCGCAGCAGACUACAACAAUCUCUGCCAGUGCGAGACCCUUGACGACAUCAAGAUGCAUCUCUCCGCCACCGACUACGGCCCUUACCUCCAGAACGAGCCUUCACCGUUGCAUACAACUACAAUUGUGGAGAAAUGCACGCUUAAACUUGUUGACGAGUAUAAACACAUGUUGUGCCAAGCCACUGAGCCCUUGUCAACCUUCCUAGAGUACAUCACGUAUGGUCACAUGAUUGACAAUGUCGUUCUUAUUGUUACUGGUACCUUGCAUGAGAGAGAUGUUCAAGAACUGUUAGAGAAAUGCCAUCCUUUGGGAAUGUUUGACAGCAUUGCUACCUUAGCAGUCGCUCAGAACAUGCGCGAGCUUUACAGAUUGGUGCUUGUUGACACGCCGUUGGCUCCAUAUUUCUCUGAAUGCAUUACAUCUGAGGACUUGGAUGAUAUGAAUAUUGAAAUAAUGAGGAAUACACUUUACAAGGCAUACCUUGAGGACUUCUAUCAGUUUUGUAAGAAACUAGGUGGAGCUACUGCAGAAAUUAUGUCUGAUCUUCUAGCCUUUGAAGCUGAUAGAAGGGCUGUCAAUAUUACAAUAAACAGUAUUGGGACUGAGCUUACACGAGAUGACCGCCGAAAGCUUUAUUCGAGUUUUGGUUUACUGUAUCCAUAUGGUCAUGAGGAACUUGCUGUUUGUGAGGACAUUGAUCAGGUUCGUUCUGUCAUGGAGAAAUAUCCCCCAUAUCAAUCUAUUUUUGCAAAAAUAUCUUAUGGAGAGAGCCAGAUGCUAGACAAAGCGUUCUAUGAAGAAGAGGUGAAAAGGCUCUGCUUGGCAUUCGAACAGCAGUUCCAUUACGCGGUCUUCUUUGCAUACAUGAGAUUGAGGGAGCAGGAGAUCAGGAACCUGAUGUGGAUUUCUGAAUGCGUCGCACAGAACCAGAAGUCUAGAGUCCACGACAGCGUUGUGUUCAUAUUCUAGAAGGAUUUUGAAAUUCAACACAGAAGGCCUGGUAUCUCCCACAUUCAUGUGUACAUCUGCCCCACCUAUCUGUUUGGUUGUGGAAGUUGUAUGGCUAAUAAUAUGUAACUUGUGUGUUCUGUUUAUGGGAAGAAAUUCUGUAUUUGAACCCGCUUUGUUACAGAAGCAUUUCCAAUUCUUGAUUUUUGAAUUGUGAUUUGUGAAAUGCGGUAGAUGUACUUAAUAAUUACUCAAUAAAUCUUGGAAAUAUUGUAUUUUGAAUGUCAAAUGCAGGGAUGCUAUGGCUGGAUGGGUAGACUUAG